AUGGGCCGCGCCGAAGUAGGCAGCACAAAAUGGGUCUCGAACCAGGCCAAGUCGAAGGGCCUCGGGCGACUGCGGUGGUACUGCCAGGUCUGCGAGCGCCAGAUGCGGGACGAGAACGGCUUCAAGAUGCACGUGCAGUCCGAGUCGCACGUGCGACAGAUGCUGGUGGUGGGCGAGGACCCCAAGAAGGCCAUCAACGAGUUCUCGGCGCAGUUCAACAACGACUUCCUGCAGCAGCUGCGCACGUCGCACGGCACCAAGGCCGUGCUCAUCAACCACUUCUACCAGGAGUACAUCGCCAACAAGCAGCACACCCACAUGAACGCCACCCGCUGGCCCAGCCUGACCGAGUACGCCAAGUACCUGGGCCGCGAGGGCAUCUGCCGGGUCGAGGAGACGGACAAGGGCCUGCAGGUCGCGUGGAUCGACAACAGCCCCGAGGCGCUCAAGCGCGCCGAGGCCAUCAGGAGGAAGGAGAUGCAGGACAAGGGCGACGAGGAGCGCGAGCUGAGGAUGAUACGGGAGCAGCAGAAGCGGGCCGAGAGGGCGGCGGAGGAGCGGAGGAGGGGGAAGGGCCCGGGGGCGGACGAGGAUGACGGGCCCGGGGAGAAGCCGGACCUGCAGAUCAAGGACGGCGAGAAGAUCCAGCUGUCGUUUGGCGUGCCGAAGCAGGACAAGAAGCAGGAGGACAAGAAGACGACGCCGGACAAGGGCACCGAAUCGCCAAAACCGGAGGGGGCGGCCGCCGCGGCAGAGACCGAGCCUGCCAGGUCAGAGCCUACGAAACCGGCCGGGUUCUCGUUCGGCGCCAAACCACCACAAGCAAAGAAUGUGUUUGCGCAAGCAAAGAAGAACGCACUGGCUGGCGGGGCGAAGAAAGCAGUCAAGAUCGAACAGCCAAAGAAGAUGAGCGAGGCCGAGAGAAUAAUGAGGGAAGAGUUAGACAGGAAACGGUCACGAGAGUCUUCUGGAGGCGGAGGUUUCCACAAGAAACCACGUCUUGGUUAG